AUGACAGACUUGGAUCUGCGCUACGGACAAUGGUACGAGAUGGCGAGACGCACUCGACCGCAGCAACGUCCAACGCAGCCCCAACCGGUCCGCUAUCAAGGUCAGCAGUUCCCCCGCAACCCCCAGUACAGUGGCGCCCGUUACACCUACGGUCGUGGCAAUCCUGUCCAAGGAUACCAGCUACCUUUCCGCCCCCGACAUACGGGAACUGACGCGCCCCAGCUUACGUGGAAUCCGAACCGUGACCCGCAGCGGCAACAGCAGUUUCAGAGGAGUGCCUACCUGCCUCCGUCAAAUGCUUCCCAAACUCAGGCCCAACGUGCGUCCUACGCACCACCCCAGCAACAAGUCCAGGGAUCAUACCAGCAGCGCCAGCAACAGCCACCGCGCGACCAAGCUCGCACCAACCAAGCGGGUCAGCUGUUGCUCUCCGACAAGCCUUGGAACCAAGCCGGCUAUUCCAGCCCUGGCUACGCGGCGCGACAACCGCGCACCCGGCCAACCGCCGCGUACCAAGCGGAUCCACAGGAAGUUGCCCCUCCAACAGCGCCUCAAGAAGCUAACCUUGCCGAUGUUCCACCGGAAGCUAACCUGGCAAACUCGUACUAG